UAUAUCUCUUAUUCCAAUCCAUUACUGUCCUGCAGAUCUCUCUGCACACCUACUUCUUUUUUUUUCUUUCCCUUUCUCUUUCUCUCUCCUCUGCAUAGCAGCCAAAAUUUAUUUAUCUAUAUAUUCAUUCCUAACAUAUACUCAAAACUACACUCAGAUUUGAAGGAAUCUGCGUUGUUGGACUUGUGAAGAUGGAGAACAAUCAAGAGUCGUCAUUUUGGCAAUUCAGUGACCAACUUCGUGUGCAGGCUUCAAAUCUGGCGAACCUGUCUCUCAACGAUUCCAUUUGGAGCAACAAUUACAGUUCAAAGAGGCCUGAUGAAAGGAGGAACUUCGACAUCAAAGUUGGCGGUGAAAUCAACUCAUCACCAUCACCUUCACCAUCACCGCUUCUCAACAAGUCAAAAGCACCUCUCUCUGAUUUCAACGAUGGCUGGAAGCAGAUCAACAACAACACCAUCAAUGGAUCUCUCUUCACCAUGCCUUACAACAACACCACCACCACCACCAACCUUGACCUUGUCGGUGGUGUUGGCAUGGGCAUGGUCAACGGUGGCUUCAACAAAGGGAUUUAUUCCAAGCCUUCCUAUGGAAACUUCAACAGCAGUAUCAACCACAACAACAACAUGAAUAUUAAUCUCAAAGGACUGAAGGGUAAUAAGGGAGAAGAUGAGGUGGUAUUUCACCCACCGAAAAGUUCCAAGAAGAACAACAACAAUAAUAAUAAUAAGAACAAGCAAGGAGGGGAUAAUGAUAACAAGGAGGCGAAGGCCGGUGCCGACAAGAGGUUCAAGACGCUGCCGCCAUCGGAGGCUCUACCAAGGAAUGAAACCGUUGGGGGAUACAUCUUCGUUUGCAACAAUGAUACCAUGGCAGAGAAUCUCAAAAGACAGCUAUUUGGUCUGCCUCCACGGUACAGGGAUUCAGUGCGGGCAAUCACUCCAGGGCUGCCCCUUUUCCUUUACAACUAUUCCACCCACCAACUGCACGGCAUCUUCGAGGCUGCUAGUUUUGGAGGGUCAAACAUAGAUGCAAGUGCUUGGGAGGACAAGAAGUGCCCCGGUGAAUCCCGUUUCCCUGCUCAGGUUCGGGUCAUAACAAGGAAAACAUGUGAACCACUCGAGGAGGAUUCCUUUAGGCCUAUCCUUCACCACUACGAUGGCCCUAAAUUCCGUCUUGAACUCAGUGUUCCCGAGGCACUCUCUCUGCUCGAUAUCUUUGCAGAACAACACACUUUCAACGACGCUUUCAAGGCUUUAACUGACUAAGGAAUAAGGAUGGACAAUACCAAAUCACACACACCAACACAACAAGACAAUACAUCAUCAACAAUACUCAAUACAUAUUUAGUUCUGGAUGUUAUGGACUGACAAAAGUCCAAACAUAAAAGCAAGAUCUUAGAUCCUAUAAAAAUAAAUAGUAGACGACACCUGGAUAUUCCCUCCUAUGUAUGUAUGUUUUCUUCUACUGCUUUUGUAUAGAGCCUGCUAUGCAUGAUUGUCCAAUUUUUCUCCGUUUUAAUUUCAUGGUGUAUACUGCUAUCAACAAAUUAAGAGAAUAUAUAUAUAUAUAUAUAUAUAUAUAUAUAAGGUUGAAACCUACAUGAUGAGGGUGAGUGAAACCUUACAUGAUGAGGGUGAGUGAUUGCCCAUCAUGUUUCAGCUUCGUAUAGUUAGAAUGUGUGUCUGAUCAGUGGAAGACUGGGGAUAACUGGAACUAGAAAUUCCGUUGUUCCUCCUUUGGUUUUUCCUUCCACUACAGUCUACAGUAGUUCAUGUAUCUAUGCCUUCAAAGUUAUUAGUUCAUGUAUCUAUACCUUCAAAGUUA